GCCGGAUGAUACUGUUUGAACGAGGAGCGGGUAACACGGGUAAAAUUGAGCUAAUGAUGAGAGCUGUCGGAAUGUAAGCAACUGGUCAUAAAUAUUUCAUAAGUAUUCACCGAAAUGACCACCGCGAAGCCAAUUUUUAUGCGGACGUACGGGAAGACAAGGCGAAAACUGACGCCUUGGAUUUCACCGAAGAAUCACAAGCAGGCCUUUGAUAGCUCCUUGUCUUCAGACGAUUCCUUGGUUGAACUUGAUCAAUUCCCAAAAACCAGAAAAAGAAAAGUCUCAGUCGCAGCAGCACUCACAAGAGGGAAGAAGAGAUUGAUUAUCAGCGAGAGCGAGGACGAUCUGUCAUUUUCUGUGCAUUGUCAGAAAGUGCAACUUGAAAGCAAUCCAACUUCAAAAGCAAAGAAAGGUACUUCCAAGGCAAAGAAGGUCCGCCCGAUGAGGGGGAAAUUGAAAGAGAACAGCACUGAUGAAGAUAUUUUCAGCGUGCCCUUCCCCUCCUGCCCUCAACCUGUUCCACGGAAUAGAGCAACCAGGAAACUAGCACCAGCCAAAGCAGCGGUCACAUUUAGACGGAAGGAGCAGGAUUGUCCGAUUAGUACCGAGAGCAAUGAAGAUCUGUCUCCUCCAGCAAAAAGAAACAAAAAUCCACUUCAAAUCAACACUACUUCCAAUCUUCCACAUGUUUCGCCAGGCUGUUUUGUGACUCGUCGUCGCCCCAUCACCACUAAAGUCCAAGCCUCAAAGGUCAAGGUCUUCAACUCUUUGGAAGAUUUCACCUCUGGAGAAGAAAGUCAAGUUUGCCUUGCUAGCAAGAAGAAAAGAGUCCCUCUGGCAAUUCUCGAGUCAAGUUUGGAGAAUUCCACCAGCGACUUGGAUGCUGACGCCUUGCAAAACAUUCUCCCCAAUGAUUCAGCAGGAGAUCACAGCCUUGGGACCCGCCCCAGGAAGCCCAUAUUUUGCUCCACGCCCUCAGUCAGACUGUCCAGCAAACGGCCCCGUAUUGCUCCGGUGACAAAUGAGUCCCCGAACCCCACGUCCUUGUCCGUCAGCCGUAUAAGUGCAAACGCAUGCCAAGACGACCAGGACUCUCCAAGUCAGCCAUGUUGUUCACCACCCAUAGUACUCCACUCCAACAAUAAGCAGCAGUCAAGGCUCAGUGAGCCGAAUGAACAAGCAUGCCCGCCUUUCCAUGAAGGACAUUCAGAGGAGCUUUUUACACACCCAUUGAGUAUGAACACAACAAAUCGAGACGGCAAGAGGAAAACCGAUGGGGCAAGCCUCCAUUUGCCGACUGCAGACAAUUGUUUGGUGUCCAUGGUGGAAGACUUGCUCUCAUUGACUGAAGUUUUGAAGGAGGAGUGUUUGGCCCAGCCCUGCACUGUGAGAAUGACGAGACUAGACAGCUCAACUGUGAGGCUAUUUUGCAGCCAGACCACCGACUCCUCCUGCCUUACCGAUCUUAGCUCGGCUCACAGAAGUCCAACUCCUGAGCGGCAUCCCAUUUGCGUGGAUAUGUUAUCAUCAGAACAGUCAUACCGGUCUAGUUUAGCUGCUACUGAAGAUCAAACUUGUGAGCUGUCAACCACUGGGACUGAGCCAGAGUCCCAAACUUCAAGUAUUUCCAUCAGCCUUGCACUGUCACAGUCGCUUUCUGCAGAAAGUGAUUUUAAGGAGGUGUCAGCAUCAGCGCACACCAGUAACUUUGAAUCUUUUACUCGUGCACAAUUAACAGCCAGCUCUUCGGGGAAAAUGUCACCGAGGGAACAGAAUGGCACUUUUCAAGGAAAUAAUUGCAAAGUUGUGCUUGAAAGGUUUGGGUUGGAGGAAAUUCAAAGAACAAUCUCUCAAAGAUUGUCUGUUGAACGACAACACAACACUUCCAAGGGAGAAAGCCCCUUGAUCCAAAAAGGCCUAACUGACCCACUUACAGUCAGAUUACCGAGACUGACUUUAACGCAACUGAAGGAGCUGCAGCAAAAAGGCACCAAAUGUCAAUCAUCCACAAGUGGUUCGGAUUCGACCUCCUCUGGUUCAGACAAGGUUUUGGGCUCGGACAGAGAAGCCAUGAAAAAACCCUCCAAAGUUGACAAACGUGCUUCCCGUCCGGUUGGUAAAAAGAAGAAGAAGAAGAAAAAGAGCCCUUCAACGGACCGGCCGGGCACAACCCGAAAGGCAUGCGUCAGUGGUCUGAGCGUGAGUCGCUGGAAGAACGACAGCAGAUUGCAAGCGCCGCGCACGUUCAAGAGGAAGAGUGCAAGGAGGGCUGCCGACUGCACCAUCAGCGAUCUCAUCUCAGCUGAACCCGCCGACCUGCAGGGGCUUUUAUUGAAUUUCUCCACCCCAGUGAGGACGUGCCCCCUCAACAUGUCAUCACUGCUGGACGAUGACACGCCGCGCACGCAGCACUGGAAUCGAUUUAAAUCGUCUCUCUCCAUUCACCGCAAAAUGCUGCUCACGCCACAGAGUUGUAAACGGCCAGUGCCAAGAGACGUCAGUCUGCUAGAUUUGUCAGAUGCGGAGAAGGUGUACGCUGAGUGCGGACAGCCGGGUUCGCUGCCCUGGAAGGAAUGCUUUUCCGCUCUUCAGAUGAAACAAUGCGUCAAGAUUGGGGAGGGUACAUUUGGUGAGGUCUUCUCCACCAGCAACUCGUCAGGAGAAACGAUUGCUCUUAAAGUCAUUCCAUUGGAGGGCAGUGAGAAGGUGAAUGGGGAAGACCAGAAGACUUUUGGGGAGAUCCUUCAUGAGAUUAUUAUCUCCAAGGAGCUGAGCAGGCUGAAAGACAAGCAUGAUAAUCAGACCAACUGCUUCAUUGGACUUAAUAAUCUCCACUGUGUCCGAGGCUGCUACCCGCCCGAAUUCCUGAAGGCCUGGGACAACUUUGAUCGGAAAAAGGGCUCUGAGAAUGACAGACCAGAUUUAUUCCAAAAUGACCAGUUGUUCAUCAUCCUGGAGUUUGAGUUUGGUGGUGUCGACCUCGAGAACAGCAAUGGAACGUUGUCGUCGUUGGUGGUGGCAAAAAGUAUUCUCCAUCAAGUGACCGCUGCACUGGCUGUGGCUGAGCAGGAGCUGCACUUUGAACACAGGGACCUUCACUGGGGCAACGUGCUGGUCAAGACGACAAAGGAGAAGACAGGAAGCUUCCUUUUUAAUGGAGCACCACACUCUUUGGAAACAAAAGGCGUGUUUGUACGCAUUAUUGACUACUCUCUUUCCAGACUGGAAAUCGAUGGUCUGACAGUGUCCUGUGACAUCUCAAAUGAUGAGGAGCUCUUCAUGGGUCAGGGAGAUUACCAGUUUGACAUCUAUAGACACAUGAGAGAAGAGAAUGGUAACGACUGGAACAGCUACCACCCUCAUUCCAACGUGUUGUGGCUCCACUACUUGUGCUCCAAGUUGCUCUCCAUGAGGUACCGUGGAACAGGCGGGAAGAGCAGCAAAGACGCCCUGAAGGAGCUCACGCAAUUUAAAGACACUGUCCUGCAGUUCACUUCUGCAACUGAAGCGCUCCAAACAUGCCCCAUGUUUAAGUAAGAGGUAAAGUGGACAAAAGGACAAAUUGUCUCCUUUGGUCAAUAUUUUCUAUGUGAUGUUCUUACGCUUUGCUGUAUAUAAACAGUGUUUUGAUGGCCUGUUUUCAAAUUACAUUUAAUAAACCAAGAAUUUCAUUCUUGAA